CGCAAAGCUCACUGGGAAAGACCUGGGCCGUGGCUGGGACUCUCAGAGAAGGGUCCCGCAUCUGAGAGCGUCUCCAACUCUCCUAUCGCACAGUUCUCUCCCCCAGCCCGGGAAGCCCAGGCUGCCAAUUGCGCCAGGAAGAGCAGCGGCCCAGAUGAGGACAGCAUGGGUCACGGACAGAGUCUAGAAAAGACAAGAAAGCAAGCCCACCUCUCCCGAGGACGGCGACCUAACGCCCCUCAGCGCCCUUUGACCUCUGAACUCUUCGCGGGGCUCUCGAGACCCUCCCCCGCCCCCCUCCCUCCCCGGGCGCCCGGUACUACACAUGCGCCCUGCGGCCCGGCGCCAUGAUGGGUCGGUUUGAACGCGAGCGCGGGCGUCUGGCCUUCCUGCGGUGGCGGAGGAAAUAGCGGUCCCGAGGAGGGCGGUGUCGCGCUCCGGGGGCGGGGGGGAUGCUUUGUCGCAUCGUCCGGUCUGGGAAGGACUUGGGCUCCCCGCCGAGAGUCUGGAAGUGCGCGCUUUAAAAAAAAAAAAAAGUGUCCGGGCAAAGGGACGCUGCCACCCCGGAGCCAGCCCGGCAGCCACACUCGGGGCACUCGGAUGACCCAACUCUUUGCAGCCCAAGGCCUGCCAAAAUCAAGUGUUCCAGACCGGUCGACGCUCCCCCUUGCAGGAUCAAAACCAGAGCAGCUGGUUUCCAAGAGUGGUGCUCCACUUCCAGAGCGUUCAUCUCUCUGGCACUCUUUUGACACGGUCGUCUGCGUUUUGAAUCGAGGUCUUUGAAAUUUCUUGCCCUAACUUUUUUUUUUUUUAAUCGUUCACCGCGAUGGAUUUAAUUCGGGAGAUUGAAACCAGCGCUUGCGAAGGGAAUGGUAAGGUAUUUACUUAAAGGGAAUGUAUUUAACGGAAGUAAUUCCUUUUGAGAAAGCCAUGGAAAAAUUGGACACAAAGCACAGAGUUUGUUCUCGAGAUUCUUCGGUAACGUCUCUCCUGGCAAGCUGCAGCCUCAGGGGCUCCAGUUCGUCCAGCUCUGACAGCUCGUUUCUGUAUAAGGACCAACUGUACAGCUCUGCUUCUGAGGCUCUGCAGGCCUAUAUUGAGGAUUUCGAACUAAGCAGAGAACAUCCUGCUGCAGGCACUGUCAAAGUAAACAUUGAUGGUGAGGUCGGUAAUGUGCCACAAUUUUCCAGCUACGUGCCUACACCACACAGUGCUUUUGAAAAUCUUGAUCACAAACAGCACUUUAAUCCCUUGUACUAUAGAAGAGAGGCUAUUCGUGACAUGGACUCCAUUAGCCUAACAACUGAUGACUUGUUAAGACUUCCAGCGGACGGGUGCUUUUCCUUCACUGAUGUUACACCUCAUCACCGACAAAACAAGAAAACCAAGAAAUACAUUGGAAGGCAGGAUUCGUCGGACAUUAAACAUUGUCCAAGUUCUUAUGUAGAAACUACUCCUAAGAGCAGGGAUGAUAUAGUUCCUCCUUAUGUGUACACAAAGAUAAAUGGAAAGAAAUGUGGCAGGCCCAGAACCCCAAAACCUAUUAAUAGAAAAAAUAAAUAUGUUUCAGAAUCAUCUUUAUCUAUUCCUAAAGAAUCAUCUUUCAAGGACAGUUCAGAGCACGGUCUUGAAAAGAACUAUCCCAGAUGGCUCACUAGCCAGAAAUGUGACCUUAGCGUCUCUGGGGUAACUAGUAUCCCUGAUUUUAAGUAUCCAAUUUGGCUCCACAAUGAAGACUUGCUACCUGAUGCAGAUACUUCAAGGGUUUAUAAAUUAUUUAAUGAAGAUGAAUAUUGCCCUACACAUAGUUACCAAACACAAAGAGCUAGUCAGCUUUUAAGUAAAGUAGAUUGUUUUGAAUACUCUUUUAAACCUUCAAACUUUACAGAUUCCUUCAGUGAGUAUAAAGGAUUAGGUAAUGACUUUAAAUGUCAGUGUGACAACCCACUUCUCCCAGGACAAUCCCAAAAGCCAUUCUGUGGUGACAAAAUUGAAUUGCUUAUCCUGAAGGCUAAGAAGAAUCUCAAACAAUCCACUGAAGACUUACCAAAGCCUGUGGAAAAGGAUGGCAGUCCUUGCUCCUUAGAUAAACUUGAAGCAGAACGAACAUGGGAGAAUGUCCCUGUCACUUUCAAAUCUCCUGUCCCUGUUAAAGCUGAUGACAGUCCUCAACGAAGUUCCAGGACGCAAUGUGUUAAUGAUAAUAAGUUCCUUGAGGAGUUUUUAAAUGAUGAUAAUCAGAGCUCUACUCUAUCUGGAGGCAAACAUCAUGGUCCUGUUGAAGCUUUGAAACAAAUGUUAUUUAACCUUCAAACAGUACAAGAAAGUUUUAAUAAGAAUAAAAAUACAGAGCCAGAAGAAGAGAUUAAGCAAGUAUCAGAGGAUGAUUUCUCUAAACCACAGAUGAAGGAAAAUAUGAUUCCUAUUACCAGGUCUCUUCACAAGGCCUUACAACAUUUAUCUCGCCUGAGAGACCUGGUUGAUGAUACCAGUGGGAGACAGUCACCAAAGAUGUGAAGAGGAAAAUAAACCUUCCCCGCAAUAAACACUCACCACACGAGUUAUAUACCCCUCACUAGUACUUUUCACUGAGAAAGUGAAUAUUAGCCAUGCGCUAUCCUGUGACCGGUUCAAGUAUAUUUAUUUCUAAGAAUCUGAACUUGGAAAUAUUUAUAGGCCCAAUUUUAUAUGAAAACAAAAGUGGAAGACACUAAGAUAUAUCCUGAAGUAGUACGUGGAUCUUCAGAACAGAAUAUUUUUAACAUUCAGAAGUGGAUAAUUUCCUUUCUUGCCAUUUAUCUGGAUUCAGUUUUUAUCUAUAUUCUCAUUAUUUGUCAUUUAAUUCUUCGUUGUAAAAUCUUUUAACUUCUUCCCACACCGUCUAAAUUUUGUAUUUUGUGUGUGUGUACUGAAUGUUUUCAAGCAGCUGUAGCGUGCCUACAUUGUUGUAUCAUAGGGGGUCAUUUUGUUACUUCUAAAGUUUUAUACAUUGGAUAUUUAAGAUGUAAAUGACAGUUAAAUAGUUUGUGACUCAGUGUUAAUGGAAUGUUCUUGUAUUAUGACAUCAUAUAAUUUUUUUACUUAAUUGAUUCUUUGUAAGAUAAUCUUUAUAAUACUUAACAGUUGAUAAAUCAUUUUAGAGUAUAUUUUUGUGAAUUUAAUACUUGAUAUGUAGUUCCCCAGAAUUUAGAUUUGGGUUAACCUCAAUCUUUUAAAAGCUGUGAUAUUAUGACAAAUCUGAAACUGAACAAAAGAUGAGUGUAAAAAAUUCAGAAACAAUUACAAUUUAAAGCUAUUUACUAUAGUCUUCCAAAUUUAUCUCUAGAUAGAACAGAACAGAGUUGUAUUUUGUAAUUCCUACUAAGCAAAUACUAAUAUUUACAAUAAGUAGAAAACAUCUUCAUCAAGAAUGAAAAUUAUCCCUGUCUCAAAAAACAAAAACAAACAAAUAAACAAAAAGAAUGAAAAUUAUGUAAUAAAGCAUAAAGAAUACCUUCAAAAGCCUGAUGAAAUUAGUGUAUGGUCAAGUACUACAAAUUAACAUUUUACCCAAAUUUUUGAUGAAUAAAUUUGUUAUAUGGAAUUUCUAAGUACAUGUGGCCAUUUUUUUUUCAUGCUAUGAAGGCACUAUUAGCAUCAGAUACAAGCGAGUAGGCCCUGCCUUUUGCGUUCUCUAGCCAGUGAGGUUCCACUGGAUUUCUCUGGCUAGACCAGAAGCCCUUUGCUAACACAAAGAAGAUCUCUUUGCUGCUGACAUUCUGCCUUGUGAUAGGUUCUCCUGCCUGGUGUUAGAAUGGAAGAUUAUAGCAGUUAGUAUUAGGUAGGUCUGGGAGAGUCAUUUUACCUAAUAAAACAUACUAUAGACAAUUUCUAAAGAGAGAUCUAGGUUAUAAAUGCCAAUAUGCUUGUCACACAUAAUAUAUACUAUUCCUGAAAAGGAUCAGAAGACGUGGUGCUGUGAUGACUGACAGACAGUCCUUUGGGUAGUGCUUCCUUUUGCAAGAGCAUAUCUCCAAUAGUAAGUACAACCAGCUUAUUCUAAAGUUGUUAUAACCUAUACUUUAAAGCAGUUUAAAUUACCAAAUGAGCAUAAUUUUUUCUUUUGUACAUGGAGAAAUUUAGAAAUUUUACCUAAAUAAAUUCAUUUAAUAAGUUAUUAAUCCCAACUUUUAUAUCUAUCUAUAUAUAUACACACACAUAUAUGUAUAUAUGAGUGACGAUUGAAAAGCAAAUGUAAAUGUUCAUAAAGUUCUACAAAGAAAUAGUUUAUUUCCAUGUAUUUUUAAUAUUUUAAAGUUUUUUCUUUAUAGGGUUUUGAGGAAAAUGUCAAUAUGGUGAUUACUGAAUUGAGAAUUUAAGUAGAUAACGAGAAAAUUAGAUUUUAAAGAUAUAUUGCUCUUAUUUUUUAAGGUAUAUUGGGAAGAUGUUAAAUCAGAAAAAGGAAGAGGCUUCAGGUUUUUGAGUAUAAAAAUAUUUUAAUCAAAGGACUUGGUAUGGCAAGGUGGUACACAUCUUUAAUUCCCACACUCAGGUGCCAAAGGCAGGAGGAGCACUGAGUUUGAGGCCAGCCUGGUCUACAGAGGGAGUUUCAGGACACCUAGACUACCUAGUGAAACCCUGUCUCUCAGAACAAAAAAAUAAAAAAGCAAAGGACAUGGAGAGAUGGGUCUAUGAAUAACAUGCUUGCUUCUCAUGCUUAAUUCAUGUUAAAACAAAAACAGAAAGCCAAACAACCAAACAACCAACCAAACAACCAACCAACCAAACAACCAACCAAGCCAAGCAGAGUAAGUAGCACAUGCUAUGAUUCCAGCCUCAGAAUGGCAGAGAAAAGAGUUUCCUACAGCUUGCUGGCCAGCUUGUAUAGUCCAAGGAGCAAGGUCCACGUCACACACACUUUCUCAAAAAAGAAGGCAGACAAGCGUUCCCGAGACAUGACACCCAAGGUGGUCCCCUCAUUUCCAUCUGCAUGCACUCACACGCCACAUGAUUUAAUGCUGAGAUCAGGAAUUAAAGACGUGAACAAAUGAGCCGAGACUGAACUGUACUACUGUCUGUAUAGUCAAGGUGAAUUCUCCACUGAACAUCGUAGAGAUUCCUCACCAAACUGAGGGACUGUCCCCUAGAACUCGCUGUGAUAUAUAUUUCUGUAGUUAGGUUAUUUAUUGCCAACAUUUAUAAGCUGGGAUUUUCUUGUACUUAAUAUUUUGUUAUUUUGUAUUUAAUAGAUUAGGCUAAUAUCUUAUAUACCAUUAUAAAAUAAAACUCUCAAGUAUUAGAACAAUGACUCAGCAGUUAAGAGCAAACACUGCUCUUCCAAAGGACCUCAGUUGGUUCCCGGCACCCAAGUUGGACGGCUCACAUCCAUCUGUAAUUCCAGUGCUGAAGAAUCCAGUGCGCUGUUUUCGUCUCUGAGAGAGGACACCUGCACAGGCGGCAUUUACUCAUGCUGUCAAACACACUUAAAUAAAAAUACUAAUCUAAAAUAUUCUGAAGGGAAAAUUAUUUCUCCUGUAGUUUGAAUAAAUGGAUUUUCUUUAAAU